AUGUCAUCAUCGGAUCCCAAUCAAAUUUCCAUCACAGUCGCUGCUUCCAAUACUUCCAUGAACAUGGAUUCCACACCCGGAACGAAUAACAUUUUCAAAUAUAGAGCUCAAGAAAACAAUGAAUGGACUCCAGCAGCCAUUGUUUCUUGUAUCUUCUUUUAUGGAGGUUUCAUCUUUCCUCCAUUGUGGUUGAUUGGAUUCUUUUAUUUCAGAUCACAAAAUGAUCGAGAAUACUUUUGGGGAUCGAUGAAUGUGACUGCUUGUUCCAUGUGUUCAUUUAUUAUUUAUGUAGUGGCUUGGUUGACUUUUGUGUUUUUCAUGUAUGUCACUAAUAACUCAAUUACAGUUCGACCUUAUUAUACGAAUUUUAAGGGAGGAUAUUUGGAACCUGGAGAAUGGGUGGCUAUUUUGUAUGCUGUUGUCAUGGUGGCUAUUUUGGGUUAUGAAUUUGUGAAAUAUGUUGUGAAAAUUUUCCGUAGAAAGGUUAAAAAGAUGCGUCGUUAA